ACGCCCCUUAUGUGGGCAGCAAUGAAUGACCGGUUAUCGAUCGCUCAAUUACUACUUGAAAAAGGUGCGGAUCCAAGCAAGCAGGAAAAAGACGGUCAAGGAGCCUUGUACUUUGCGAUUACAAAGGGGCAUAUCCAGAUUGUCAUGUCACUCCUCGAUCACGGAGUGGACAUUCACGCCAAAAGUAUAGAGGGACAUAGUGCACUUCAUGAAGCGGCAAUGAACAAUCACUCUGAGAUUGUUGCUCUACUUCUCAAUCGUGGAUGCGACGCAAACGCAAGAGAUCUAAAAGGCAACACUGCAUUACAUCACGCA